AUGUGCUGCAGGCGUCGCUCCAACAGAAAAACCCUGACAAUGGCCGAGCUGGCUCAGAAUCUACUAGCCACAGCCACAGCUUCUCGUACUGUUGAGCCCCUUGGUCCUCCUCCGGCCUAUGAGCACAUCGAGAAAGAUGCCAAGGACAUCAACAACGACACGAGUGUCCAGGCGACAGAGGUUAUUGACACCAAAAUGCUGUCCAAGAUGCAAGGUGCUCCCAAAUACACAACCAUAUAUACCGACGUCGACUCCUCGUCGAACUUGGCAAUUCCCAUUGCCAAGUCAACGUGCCAGAGCAGAUGCGCAGCAAAGCGUGAACGCAAACGCGAGCAGAAGCAGAUCAAGCGCAGGUAUCGCGAGGAGAAGCGUGAGCUUCGAGCUGAAUAUCGAGAUGAGAGAAGGACCAUGCAAAGAGACCGCUCCGGUCCCAUUGGCAUGCUUAUCAAGGGUGUAUCGAGUCUGAUGAAGCAAUGA